AUGUGGGUCCUCCCAUUCCUCGGAUAUGUGGGCAUGGUAUUCGGCUUCUCCUUCUUGACACUCGCAAUCGCAUCGGGGCUUUACUACCUCUCCGAGCUAGUCGAGGAGCACACCGUCUUCUGCAAGAAGCUCCUGACGAGACUGAUCCAAUCAAUCAUCGCCAUCCAUGCCCUCCUGCUGGUACUCGACGGCUUCCCCUUCCUCCUCACGGCCUUCUCCGCCGCAAGCCAUGUUGUCUACCUCAUGAAUAUCACCCGCACCUUCCCCAUGGUCAAGCUCACUGACGGGGUUUUCAUCCUCAGCUGCUUGCUCGUACUGGGGAACCACUUCCUGUGGUUCAAGCACUUCUCGAACCCGCCGCUCCCCGCCUACCCCACAACCUACACCACCGUGCGCCGCGGCGGCAGCUCGGGCAGCCCUUACGAGCCAUCACGCACCGACCCGCGCUUCCCGUCGUUCACGGAGAUCAGCGCAUUCUUUGGCAUCUGUGUGUGGCUUGUCCCGUUCUCGCUGUUUGUGUCGCUGAGCGCCGGCGAGAAUGUGCUUCCGUCCUCUGAGAUUGGCGGUGGAGCUGCUGGCGGGACCGUGGGCAUGAUGAAUGAGAAUAAGAGGAAGGUGGGGAUGGCGAAGAUGGUGUUUGGGAGUGUGAAGGAGUGGAUUGGGAGUACGGGGCAGGCGCUGGGGGUGGUGAGGGAGGGGGGCAGGCAUGCAAGGUUUGAGUAG